GAUGGGGGUUCUUGGGAACGCUCAAGGAUCCUUAGGCUGCCUUGGGGGGCUGGAGCACAGGCGAGACCCCCCCCUGCCGCCACGGACGGGGCCAGCAGGAUUGCUCCUCCAGCCUGGGGACCACUGCUUCUGAGGACCCGGUAGCGAUGACGCUUGCCUGCCAACUUGCCCUUCACAAUCUGGGAGCCAGAGAGAGGCACUAGCCGCCCAUUGAGGCUGAAAGGAGAAAGGGGAAGGCAGAAACGUCAUCAGGUUCUUUUGGCGAAACAGAGACAAGGUGCUGAAAACCGCGUUUCUGGGUGCCCAAGAAGAGCCCCUCUAAACUCUCCCCUAGUCCAGCCAGUGGGAUGGACAGUAUUCCCAGGAGGUGGGACCCGGGACUACUCACCAGUCUGGGGCAAAGUCUACAGGGGCCUGGAUAAGCCACAGUUCCGUAUUUGGGUCUGUUAGCGCCUCCAAAGAGAAACGAGUGGGCUCUGAGGUUGGGGACGUCGCGGUAAAGUUGGUGGGGCAAGAGAACUGAGCAGCACCUGCAGAAGGGGAAACGGGUGUCUAAUGACACUUCCCGCGGAUCCAAUUCUCCAGGGCGCCUACGGGGCCCACUGGUCCCAGCCUCUUGAGCGCCUCAACCCCUCACUGGUCUCUUCUCUCCUGCUCGUUCCCCAGAGGCACCCCGAUCUCCACUGAUCCAAUCCCUGGGGGCGUCCUUCCGUCCACCGGUGGUUUCCGCCACCCCCGACCCUCCCUCUGUCUGAAGUCCCUUUCUCGCGGGAGAUAACACUCGCCACAGAUCCCGUCUCGAGGAUGUUCCCCUUCCCUCCCGAACGCUCCCGGGCGCCCGUUUCUCCUCCCGGCGGCCAACUCUCUGCAGCCCGUCGGCUCGCCCUGAUGCAACUCACCGCCGGACGGGGUCCCCGCCAUCCCGGGACCCGAGCCUCCUUCCGACCUAGCCGCCAGAGCCGCCGGAGCCCUGCGGACGACCACGUGGAGGCAGAGGGGCGGGGCGUCGUCCGGGAGCGCCCAUGUGGCACGGGACCGCGGGGGUGUCGCUCGCCGUACCUUCUCUCUGCGAGCAGAACUAGGGGGGAGUUUCCGCUUGUGCAGAGCAGAUGCCCGAGGCAGGCAUCUUUUCCCGCAAAUCUGCUCCCGAAAGUAGCGGAUUGGCUGCUUGGCGGGAGUUAGCGCCUCAACAGGUCUUGGGUAUCCUCCCCCCGCAGUGUCUCGGACAUUAAUUGCUCCAACAUCGCCUUAAAGGGGCAGCCACAUUGGUAGCUCCUAACUCUUAAAGAGACAAGAAGCUCUAUUGGUCUGAGAUUCUUAAAGAGACAGCUACUCUAGAUAGCCCUCGGCUUCUGGACCUCGCCCUUCCUGUCUGUGAAAUGGACUUUGGGUGAUUCCCAAUGAGAACAUCUCGAGAACUCUGCGUACUGCCCCUGCAGGACUACAAGUCCCAAGGUGCUCGAGGCGACCCCUACUCCCUCUCCUCUCCGGGACCCGCCUCCCUCCAGCCGGAGUCACGUCGUCUAACCUGUUCCCAGCGCCUGCCCCGCCCCGUCCUCCGCUCCCCGCAGCCGCAGCCGGAGCCGGAGGAAGUCCCCCGGUGCCAGGAUCUGCCCUGGAUCCGGCUCCUCGCCCUGACCCUGAGGUGAGAAAUGUCACCUCCACCCCCAUCUGUCUGACCUGAGGUAGUGUGGGAGAUAAGCGAAGGAUAGAGGCUAAUUCUGGAGGCGCCCCGCUUCCACCGGCACCAUGGACAGCGAGGCAUUCCAGAGCACCAGGGACCUUCUGGACCUGAACUUCCAGUCUCUGGCCAUGAGACACAUGGACCUCAAACAGAUGGAGCUGGACACGGCGGCGGCCAAGGUGGAUGAACUGACCAAACAGUUGGAGUCGCUGUGGUCAGACUCGCCGACGCCUCCCGGCUCACAGACGGGAGCCCCCUCUAGGCUGUCCCGGUACAGCUCCAGCCCGGUCCCCGAGCACUUUAGCAGCCGUGGGUCUCCCCGGAAGGCGGCCACCGACGGCGCAGACACCUCCUCUUUCGGACGCUCCGAGAACGCCCCGGCUUUGCUCUCCUACAGCCCGCUGUCGCCCAAAGGCCGGCCCUCGUCACCGCGCACCCCACUCUACCUGCAGCCGGAUGCCUAUGGCAGCCUGGACCGCGCGCCCUCGCCACGGCCCCGCGCCUUCGAUGGCGCAGGCAGCCCCCUCGGCCGUGCGCCCUCCCCGCGGCCCGGAUCGGGCCCGCUCCGCCAGCAGGGUCCCCCCACGACCUUCGACUUCCUGGGCCGCACCGGCUCCCCACGCGGCAGCCCCCUGGUCGAGGGGCCCCAGGCCUUCUUCCCCGAGCGCGGGCCCUCGCCACGCCCCCAGACCUCGGCCUACGACGCGCCGGUAGCUUUUGGGAGCCCCCUACUGGGCGCGGGCGGCAGCGCUUUCGCCCCGCCUCUGCGCGCUCAAGACGACUUAACGCUGCGCCGGCGGACUCCCAAAGCCUGGAAUGAGUCUGACCUGGACGUGGCGUACGAGAAGAAGUCUUCGCAGACAGCGAGCUACGAACGCCUGGACGUCUUCUCGCGGCCUGCUUCGCCUGGCCUGCAGCUGUUACCCUGGAGAGAAAGCAGUUUGGAUGGGCUGGGGGCCACCAGCAAGGACAACCUCACCAGCGCCACUCUGCCCCGCAACUACAAGGUCUCGCCUCUGGCCAACGACCGGCGAUCCGAUGUGGGCAGCUACCGCCGAUCCCUGGGCUCCGCGGGGCCAUCAGGCACUUUGCCCCGCAGCUGGCAGCCUGUCAGCCGCAUCCCCAUGCCUCCUUCCAGCCCCCAGCCCCGCAGUUCCCCGCGCCAGCGCCCCAUCCCCCUCAGCAUGAUCUUCAAGCUGCAGAAUGCCUUUUGGGAGCAUGGGGCCAGCAGGGCUGUGUUCCCUGGCUCCUCCGUCUUCUCCCGAGCACCCCCACCUAAGCUGCCUCCCCAGCCCCAGGUGCCCCCCCAGCCCCAGCCGCCCCCCCAGCCCCAGCCCCAGCCUCUGCCCCAGCCCCAACCUCAGCCCCAGCCUCAGCCCCCUGCCCCAGCCCCCCAACCUCCCCAACAGACUUGGGCCCCUGUGAGCGAAGGCUCCCCCAAGCCUCCCCCGGAGCUGGAGCCGGAACCAGAACUGGAGGGGCUGCUGACUCCGGUGCUGGAGGCUGGUGAUGCAGAUGAAGGCGCUGUAACUCGGCCCCUCAGCCCCACGAGGCUGCAGCCCGCACUGCCACCCGAGGCACAGUCGGUGCCCGAGCUAGAAGAGGUGGCCCGAGUGCUGGCUGAGAUACCGCGGCCCCUCAAACGCAGGGGCUCCAUGGAGCAGAGCCCAGCUGUAGCCCUGCCCCCCACCCACAAGAAACAGUACCAGCAGAUCAUCAGCCGCCUCUUCCAUCGUCACGGGGGGCCCGGGGGACCUGGGGGGCCCGAGCCGGAGCUGUCUUCCAUCACCGAGGGAUCUGAGACCAGGGCAGGGCCCCCUGCUCCUGCCCCACCAGCUCCCGCGCCACCCCCAGCCCUGCCCCAGAUCAGCCCACCCGACCAGCUACAGAGCAUGGAGAUGCGCUCGGUGCUGCGGAAGGUGGGCUCCCCGCGCAAGGCCCGCCGCGCCCGCCUCAACCCGCUUGUGCUCUUGCUGGACGCCGCGCUGACCGGGGAGCUGGACGUGGUGCAGCAGGCGGUGAAGGAGAUGAAUGACCCGAGCCAGCCCAACGAGGAGGGCAUCACGGCCCUACACAACGCCAUCUGCGGCGCCAACUACCCCAUCGUGGACUUCCUCAUCGCCGCUGGUGCCAACGUCAACUCCCCUGAUAGCCACGGCUGGACUCCUUUGCACUGUGCUGCGUCUUGCAAUGACACGGCCAUCUGCACGGCGCUGGUGCAGCACGGCGCAGCCAUCUUCGCCACCACGCUCAGUGACGGUGCCAUGGCGAUCGAGAAGUGCGACCCCUACCGCGAGGGUUACGCUGAUUGCGCCACUUAUCUGGCAGACGUGGAGCAGAGCAUGGGGCUGAUGCACAGCGGGGUGGUGUACGCCCUCUGGGACUACAGCGCCGAGUUCGGGGACGAGCUGUCCUUCCGGGAGGGCGAGUCUGUCACCGUGCUGCGGCGGGACGGGCCAGAGGAGACAGACUGGUGGUGGGCCACGCUACACGGCCAGGAGGGCUACGUACCUCGUAACUACUUCGGGCUCUUCCCCAGGGUGAAGACCCAGAGGAAUAAGGUCUAGCUGGAGAGGAGGACGUUUCCGGGGGAGACAGGCCUUUGCUCCAGACCUCUCCCUCAGUCACUGCUGCAUCUCCUUGGACCCCAAGCCCUACAGGAGUGGGGUCCUCACCUCCAGCUCUCUGCUUCCCUGGGAGCCUAGGGGAGAAGGAGAACCCCAGCCUUAAGUCAUAGCUGCGGGAGGUCAGUCUGGGCUGGGAAUCUAUGGAGGCAAGAGACACCGCGCCCCUCCCCCUCCAUUUGCCAAAUCGGAUCCCGUCCAAAGUGCCUCCUAUUCCUACUGCCAACCCCUCCCAUCCCCUCAGCACAAGCCAACACGCCAUCCUAGGAGAGAGGGCGGUGUGCCACCUCCAUGGGAUUUCCCUGGGAGUCACCUCUACCCCCAUCUCCCCAGAGCUGGGACAGACCCCUGCCCCGCGUCUCCCCCCACCAAGUGCCUUCACACAGUGCUGGUUUUAUACCCGAAUGGGGAAGUUUCUCCUUAUAAAUAAAGGUAGUUUGCACAGAAAUUGA